CAAUACAGUAAAGCCGUAUAGCAGACAUUCCCGAGCAGUGGGAUUAGGAUAUUCUGAGAGGGAAGGGAGCCAACAAUGUGAUCCUGUCUGACCACAUAGGGCUCAAAUUACAUCUACACAACAGCGGACUUCAGCUCAACGCAGAUUCGCUUCCCUGAGAGCGAGCGAGUACGUCAAGAUCAUUAUCAUCGCCGGUCGCUCGCCUUUCAUGAUGAAGCGCGCUCUUCUUCUUUGCUUGAGUUUAUUUUGCAUUCAAUUCGCACUCUCGGUUGUUGUGAAGCCAAAUGGAGAGACCGAAGAAGAAGACCCUUGCUCAAACGUGUUCUGCCACGCGGGACAAGAGUGUGUAGCGGCCAAAGGCAAGGCUUCGUGCGAGUGCUUGUCCGAGUGUCCGGACCACAUUAAACCAGUGUGCGGGUCGGACGGCGUCACUUAUCCUAACCACUGCGAGCUUCACCGGAUAGCGUGCGUGCACACAAAGAAAAUCACCAUCAGAAGCAAGGGGCCGUGCGAAGAAAUCCCAUCCUCCGCACCUACUGGAAAAGUGAACAUGUCCAAACCAGUGGUUUGUUACGAGCGUGACCGUGAUCAGAUGCGUGGUCGGAUGAUCGAGUGGAUGCAAAUGCAAGAGGAAUCGCUGGCCAAUGCGGCGGGUUACCAACGAGUGCUGAAACGAUUCUUUGACAUGGUGGACAAGAACAAGGAUGGGAAGCUGGAUUUGAAGGAACUCACAGAACUCGUCAAAUACAACCAGACGGUAGCAGAGAUCCGCGAGGCGGAUGAGUUUAUCAACCCCGUGCUCCAAGGUCUCUGCUCCGAUGCGCUCAUCUCUAUCACUGACGACGACGAAGACACAGAGCUUACCUUCAAAGAGUUCACAAAAUGCCUUGAUCCGGAUUUCAAACCGCCAAUGAAAAACUGCGAGCUGGAGGGUGAACAAUACAAAGACGGUGCUGAGAUCCCUACCGACUGCAAUAGCUGUGUCUGCGCAUGCGGGAGAUGGGUCUGUACCGCGUUGGAUUGUAAUCCGUCCUCCAAUCACGUGAAGGCAUCGCUGGUGUUGCAAGGCGAACAGGCCAAGGAGAAGCUAGAGCGAGAAGUACUGGCGGAGAACCCGGAACAGAAGCGCGUGCUGCUCUUGCAUAAACCAAGCAAGCACGGCAUGCACCGCAUGCAUCACAGGCACGAGAGAACCAGAAAAUCUGGGAAAUCCGGUUAGACGAGCACGAGCACCUUGGACUUUAGCUGCUGGAGCUGAACUCCCAAUUCAACUUCUUUUUAUGAUAGUAUGGUUAAGCAUGAUCGCAACUGUAGAGAUUACGUGUUAUGUAUAUUUUAACCUCAAAUAUUAGCGUCCAUGAGAUCACCAACUUGAAUUCACGCCAAACGAGGAUGAAAAAUCAAAGGCGUUCGCAUGAUGCCGUUGAAGACCUUUUGAAUGGAAAAAAAGUUUUUUAAUACUUUUUUUAUUAUAGAUAUUAGCAUAGUUAAUAUAGUAAAUCGUUUUAUAGCAAUUACCGUUUCUGAGCCCUUCAGGUGUGUAGAGACCCUAUUCUACUGCGCUGUCACUCAAGACUGUAAGCCAAUCACUUCUCACUGCUUGCCGAGCUUACAUCAAGUUUUCGUCGAGUCAGAAAGCCAGUCGACUGUUUGGCGGCUGUACAAGAUAACGAUGUGAUUGGCUGACAGGAAAUCGAUUGAUAGGGUCGGGGUGUAAUUGGUAUGGUUGCGGUAACGAGAAGUAGUGGAAAAUCCCGGUUACCUUUUACUAAAGGAGGGCUAUAAGGAAAAGCUGCAUGCAAACACUAAUAUAAGCAAGCUAUUUGAUGUAGCGAUAAGCCGUGUACUGUACCUCAAGGAAAGGGCAAGAGCGCACUGACAAAUAAGUCAACCUCACGCCAGCAUGAACAAGGAAGCAACAAUAAAAUGAGUAUAUGUACACAUUUGCAAAAUAAAAAUGUUAUAUUUUUUCUGA